UGUGUAAACACAAGUAUACAUGCCAUGGAGACCUCUUCCUUUUUGACAAGUUAUUGGAACUACUCUAAUGGAACAGACUCGUCAAAAGACGCCUAUUAUUUACUACUGAAGUUAAACAACCAGAAGGCCUUAAGAGAUCUCCCAGUGAUCAUGUUCCUUGUAAUUCUAAUGGUCGUUGGAAUAAGUGGCAAUAUAGUUGUAUGUAUAAUUUAUUCUAAAGCAAAAAAGAAUUCAACAUCCGAUCUUUUCAUUUUGAACUUGGCAGUUCUGGAUCUUCUGUCCUGUACGUUCGGAAUCCCUUUGGAGAUUGCGGACGUUAGUUUACCCUACAUGUUUAAUGCUCCAGCUGUUUGCAGCGUUGGAAGGACUCUGGAAUCAUGUACAGUUAUAGCAUCAGUGUUGACUCUGGUUUUCAUUUCCAUUGAUCGGUACAAACGGAUCUGUAAUUUAGGCGAAAGUUUCAAAACUUCGACUGUCAAAAUUAUGUGUGUCGUUGGAUUGUGCAUUGGUACCGUGUCAUCGCUGCCAUAUUUAGUAGUAAUGGGAAAGAGGACAAUCAACCUUGGGCUUUCCGGAAUAGAGGGUGUUGGUUGCGAAAUCUCAGACGAUAUGAAACAUACUACUUUUACAUUUGCUUUUUACACUGUUAUGUUGAUAUUUUUUACUGUUGGUCUAGUUUUCGUUAUUUUCGUAUACGCGCGCAUCUCUAUAUUUUUAAGAAGAACUAGGAGCAUGAGAAUUAGGCAUAUUGAAGAAAGUAAUAACAGUAAUAAAACUUCAACCACGGGCACUCAACAAAUUCAUCUAGUUGAGCUUGAAUCUAUCACUGCGGAAAGCAGACAUCAAAGUAGCACUGAUAAUCACCACCAGGAAGCCGUGCAUGCCCUCUCGAGAGAAACUCCAAUUACUUCCGGUGUUAAAGUUACUAGGACCACAACAAUAUUUGUAGCUAUAACUAUCGCUUUUAUAAUCAGUUUUCUCCCCUUUUUGUUGGUUAUGAUAUUAUAUAGCACCAUUAAAGACAUAGAGAAAGGUAUGUCAGAACCAAUGAUGGUUUUUACCGAAUUUUGUGCAAGAACAUAUUUUUUGAAUAAUGCGAUUAACCCGUUGAUCUAUAGCGCUUUGAAUAGAAAAUUCAGACAUGAUGUUAAGCGACUGUUUUCUACAAAUUGCUGUAAGAGAUGUUUUAAUCAUGUUUGCACUUCAGAGACACCGUCUAAUGUUUACCAAGUAAAUAUGUACUAGAUUUUUUGAAUACGAAUUUUACAAUAUGGAAAAGUCAGUAUUCAUGUUUAGUAUGUGAACUUUCCUGAUUUUCAAAUUCCUUGAUUUUUAUCUUGUUGAUUCUGUUAUUUUGGGAUAUUUUAUUAUUUUUGUGUAGUAAUCAUUGUGAAUGUUCAUGCUGAACCAGAAGUAGCACUUUUAGAUUAUAAAGCUAUGUGCAAUAAAUCUAACAGGAUAUAAAAUAUGGCAUGGCAUCUUUUGAUAACUUAUACCAAGGAUAACCGUUUCCUACAUAUGCAUUUUCUGUGCUUGAUGAGGAAAAAACACAAACUAUGGAAUCAUCAUUGUUCGUGGGAAACCAAUGUUCGUGGCUUUCGUGGGCAACCUUUGCUUAGGAUUUUCCAUUCCUACGAACGUGUUUACAAGCAUUUGUUUAGUAUUUAUUUUCAUUAUAGAACUUACUAUCGAUGAAAUUACGUUCCCACGAAGAAGAAAAAGUUUGAAGAAGAAAAAGUUUGAAGAAGAAAAAGUUUGGCUCCAAACGUACACUGACUACCACGAUUAAAAUGAUUCCACAGUAACAAAGGCAAUAAAGGUCACCUUCUAACGAAGUGAAACUUAAAUGUGUUUAGCUACAUUUUGGUAUAUCUAAAUUUGUAAGUGUAUAAACCUUCUACCCCUUUCAUAAAUCUGCAUGUAUAACUUUUAAGGACAUAUUAUAUGUUGUUGUUUAUAUAUUAAGACAAACAAUAAUGUUGAAGUAAAUAUAUUCUAGAUUUCCAAUAAGGAUCGAAUAAAUCAUGUGCAAUUUUACCCCUGCUUCUUACAUCCACGGUUUGCAUAGAAUUACAUGUAAAUGCUGUAAUUGUGUGUGAUUCUGAUUAAGCUUUUAGACUAAUCGAUGACAAACUAGCCGUCGAUUGAAAUUCCAAUACGUAGUUGGAAGGAAACGCGAGGAGUAAUUGUGUGACUUUCUAAAUUUAAAGACUUGUCUGUUUUCAAAUCAAACUGUCAAUGAGACUGAAAUAUACGAAAUUAAAGGACAACACAUCAUACACGCUGGCCAAGAAAACCAACUGGUUAGGGCAAUUUUUAUAUAAUAUUAUUUUCCCUUAGAGAGCUUUGUAUUAAAAAAAGGUUUUAUAUAAUUUUAAGGCUCCAAUUUUAAGAUUAUGUUUGACUAAAUAAUGGUUUAUGAUGAGAAAAUCCUAUCUUAAGCUUACAAUUGUAUCUGAUGAUUACUUGGUUGACCACCGAACUUCAUUUAUUGCACAUUUUGUAACCACCAGAUUCUAGAUUCACCCAAAGGGAAUUGUUUUGGUUUUGUGAAUAGUUUGUCGUUAGAUAUCCCGCAGAUAUUUGGGUUGUCGAUCUUUCCAAAAGUUAAAUCGAUAAAAUUUGUACGGAUUAUAUUUCAACUAAUUGUUAUAAGCAAGGACUAUUUUUGUAACAUUUUUGCUAUCAUCUAAAACAAAACAAAACUAUUUUUUGAAGAGGAAAGGGUGGCAAACGAAUUGUAUAUUUCAGAUUUUCAGAUUUCCCUCAAAAUGGUAUAAAUAGUUAAUUCAAUACAGAAUAGCUAAUAAGUAAAUGUUUUUUAUGUCUUUAUAAAGAGCUUCUAUUCUCAAUUAAAUUAGUAUGGACUUCUUUAAAAAAUGGUUGCAACAAUCGAACGCUCUUGCAAUUUAUUCAAUCACAGCUUCUUUGAUCACUUAUUUACUCAAGUGUGCAGAUGUAAAGAAGAAAAAUGACCCCCGUAGAAUAAUGACAAAGGGUCCUUUUUGACGUAGAAUAAUUACUCCUGAGCUGUAGAAUAAUUAGAUUAUUUUGGAAAAAUAGACUUACCGGUCAUUUUGUUCACGUUAAACAUGAAGAAAGCUGACCCCUGUAGAAAACUGACUACAUCAUAAACAAGAAUAGAUAUGGUUUUCCCCAUAUUGUCAAUUGAAAAAUAACCUAGUAUAUGUUCGUGAAAAAAACUGAAAAGGAAUCGAGCGUAGGAUUGUGAAUACUUCUUAUUUACAUUUCUGGGGAAAAGUUGUUUUCAAGUUUUGAAUUAUUUUAUGUGAAUUUUUUUCCUAAUGGAGUUGACUUUUGAUUAAUUUGGUUUAAUGAUAAAUUCGUGGUGCUGCACUUGCAUACCCAGUAUUUGUUGUAGAGAAAAUUAUUUAUGUAGUAUAAUUCAUGACCAAUGUAGAGUAUAUUCUGUAAUUGCAA